AUGUAUGUUCGUGAGUAUAGCUUGAAGUUUACUCGUCUAGCGAGGUAUGCAACGUAUAUGAUUCUGACUGAAAAGCACAAGUUGACCCGAUUUGUGCGUGGUUUAGUACCACGUUUGAAGUCUGCACGCUCUACUACUGCUAUGUCUCUUACUUGUACAUUUUUAUCUUUGGUUGGGUUCGCUGAGCAACAAGAGAAUUGGAAGGGUGAAGAGAGGCUAGAAAGGGAACAAAGUAAGAAGGCCCGAUCUGCGGUACUCCAUUUGGUAGACAAGGUCAGAGGAACAACAAUCAGAACAGGUAUUCGCAAUGUGAGAAACAAUUCUUCUGCACCUAUUGCUGCUAGGAAUCCGCCUGCUGGUAAUACUAACAAAGCUCCUAAUACUCGUGGUAAUGAGACUGGUAAAGCGGUUGCUAACACCGCUAAUGGGGGUCAAGCCCGAAUUUAUGUUUUGGCUCAUAGGAAGGCAGCUGAAGCCUCAGAUGUUGUGGUCAUAGGUAUUCUCACUAUUUUCUCUUUUGAUGCAUAUUCGUUGAAUGAUGAGAGUUCAAAUCUCUCUUAUGUGACACUAUAUUUUGCUCUUGAUUUUGGGGUGGAGCCUGAGCUAUUGUUAGAAUCCUUCUCUGUGGAUACCCCUGCUGGUGUCCCUGUUAUUGUUUUUAGAGUUUAUAUAAACUAUGUAGUUAUAGUUAAGGGUCGUGAGACUAUAGCUGACUUAUUUGAACUAGAGAUGGUAGAUUUUAAAGUGAUUAUGGGAAUGGAUUGGCUGUUUGCAUGUUAUGCUAAUGUGCAUUGCCGGCAUAAAUUAGUUCGUUUCGAAUUUCCUAAUGAACCAGUUAUUGUGUGCGAAGGUGAAGUUGUUCAGCCUCGAGGUAGUUUUAUUUCUUAUCUUAAGGCUCAUGAAAUGAUCUCGAAGGGGUGUAUUUAUCAUCUAGUUGCGGUCAACGACACUCAAACCUUAGUACCCGAAUUUGAGUCUGUUCCUAUAGUUAAUGAAUUUCCCGAAGUGUUUCCAGAAGAUCUUUCGGGUAUUCCACAUGAUAGGUUAUUGGUUUUGGGAUUGAUGGUGAUUCCCGAUACUCAACCGAUCUCUAUUCCACCAUAUCGUAUGGCUCUGAUAGAGCUACGGGAGUUGAAAGACUAA